UUGUCAGAUCUAUUGGUUGAUGAUAGCUCAAGUUUUCCAUUACAAAUGUUUUGUACGAGGGAUAGAGAUGGUAUUAUGGCUUGAGCGAGUGCGGUGGCGAUUUUGUCUCUCUGCCAUUACAACUGAAUUAUGUAGUCACCAACUGCUUCUCCAUUUCACCAUUCAUCUUUCUCUCCAAACCCGCUUCACCAAAAUCAGUAAUAGCGCCGCGUGAAAUGUGAAGCUUAUGUUUGUGGCCCGGCUUUGUGUGAAGUUUUUGACUUUUGGGUUGUGUUGGUGAAGUGGAAAGGGUGAAUUGGAUUGAAUUAGUUGUUUGUAGUUUGAGGGAAGGACGCAGUAAAUUAAAAUGAGUGGAGUGGGGAUUGAUAUUGGAAAUGAGAACUGUGUGAUUGCUGCAGUGAAGCAACGUGUGAUUGAUGUUUUGUUGAAUGAUGAAUCCAAACGUGAAACCCCUGGUGUGGUCUGCUUUGGAGAGAAGCAACGGUUUAUAGGGUCAGCUGGUGCUGUUUCUGCUAUGAUGCACCCCAAGUCCACAAUAUCUCAAGUGAAGAGACUAAUAGGCAGGAGAUUUACGGACCCUGAUGUUCAGAAUGAUUUAAAACUGCUCCCAGUUGAAACUUCGGAAGGCCCGGAUGGUGGCAUUCUGAUUCGCUUGAAAUACUUGAAGGAGAUUCAUGCAUUUACCCCGGUUCAAAUAGUAGCAAUGCUCUUUGCUCACUUGAAGACUAUAGCUGAAAAGGAUUUUGGGACCGCAGUUUCUGACUGCGUUAUUGGGGUUCCGUCAUACUUUACCAACUUGCAGAGACAAGCAUAUCUCGAUGCAGCAGCAAUUGUUGGGUUGAAGCCUUUGCGGUUGAUCCAUGAUUGCACUGCAACUGGUCUUAGUUAUGGAGUUUACAAAACAGAUAUUCCCAAUGCAGCUCAUAUUUAUGUUGCAUUUGUUGACAUAGGUCAUUGUGAUACUCAGGUCUCUAUUGCAGCAUUUCAGGCUGGUCAAAUGAAGAUACUUUCACAUGCUUUUGACAGUAGCUUAGGGGGGAGAGACUUUGAUGAGGUUCUGUUUAGUCAUUUUGCAGCAAGAUUUAAGGAACAGUAUAGCAUUGACGUGUAUUCUAAUGGCAGGGCAUGUAGGAGGCUGCGUGUAGCAUGUGAGAAGUUGAAGAAGGUUUUGAGUGCAAAUGCAGUGGCUGAUCUGAGCAUUGAGUGUUUGAUGGAUGAAAAAGAUGUUAAGGGCUUUAUCAAGAGGGAAGAAUUUGAGAAUUUGGCAUCAGGAUUACUGGAGAAAUUUAAUAUUCCCUGCAACAAAGCAUUGGCUGAUGCCGGCAUGACUGUAGAAAAGAUUAAUUCUGUUGAGUUAGUUGGUUCAGGUUCACGGAUUCCAGCUAUAACUAAUUUAUUAACUUCUCUAUUUAAGAGAGAACUCAGCCGCACGCUGAAUGCAAGUGAGUGUGUAGCACGUGGUUGUGCUCUCCAGUGUGCAAUGCUCAGUCCUAUUUUCCGUGUCAAAGAAUAUGAGGUCCAGGAUUCUAUUCCUUUUUCCAUUGGACUUUCAUGUGAUGGAAGUCCAAUUUGUGAAGGAUCGGAUGGUGUACUCUUCCCAAAAGGCCAACCCAUUCCAAGUGUUAAAAUUCUAACAUUUCAGUGCAGUAAUUUGCUCCAUCUGGAAGCAUUCUAUGCUAAUCCAGAUGAAUUACCACCUGGGACAUCUCCUAAAAUAAGUUGCUUCACAAUUGAUCCUUUCCAUGGAUCCCAUGGAAGUAAGGCAAGAAUUAAAGUUCGAGUUCAACUAAAUUUGCAUGGCAUUAUCAGUAUUGAAUCAGCUACAGUAAGAAACCUCAAUUUUAUCUCUUCAUAUUGCAUUAUUAGUUUUCUGAGAGAUCUAUCUAUGCACAUGGUCAUUUUUGUCUUUCAGUUGAUGGAGGAUCAUGUGGAUGAUUCAGUUACAACAGGUGAUUAUCAUUCAAAUUCUGAAGCAAUGAAUGUUGAACCUGUUUCUGAGACAGUUGAAAAUGUCACAGAAGAUAGUAUCAACAAAAAGUGUGAAGCUCCACGCCAUUUGGCUGAUGGUACAAAAAAAGAUAAAGCUAACAGAAGGCUUCAUGUACCUGUGAGUGAAAACAUUUAUGGUGGAAUGACCAAGGCUGAGAUAUUGGAAGCUCAAGAAAAAGAACUCCAGUUAGCUGAUCAGGACAGAACAAUUGAGCUGACCAAAGACAGGAAGAAUUCGUUGGAGUCUUAUAUUUACGAAACGAGGAGUAAGCUAUUCAGCACAUAUCUAAGCUUUUCAAGCGAACAUGAGAGGAAGGACAUAUCUAGGAGCCUGAAAGCGACUGAGGAUUGGCUUUAUGAUGAUGGUGAUGACGAAACUGUAGAUGCUUAUUCUGCAAAACUAGAAGAUCUAAAACAGCUGGUGGAUCCAAUUGAGUUUCGGUAUAAAGACACAGAAGCAAGACCACAAGCUACAAGAGAUUUGUUAAGUUGCAUUGUAGAGUAUCGAAUGUCUGCAGAUUCUCUUCCACCCCAAGAUAAAGAACAGAUCAUCAAUGAGUGCAAUAAAGCAGAGCAGUGGCUAAGAGAGAUGAGGCAACAGCAAGAUCUUUACCCUAAGAACUUUGAUCCAGUAUUAUUGUCAAGUGAUAUCAAGAGCAAGACAGAAGAUUUAAACUCAGUAUGCCAACAGAUAUUGAAAUCCAAGGGUUCUCCAUUUCCAAAAGACAAGGGCGAAGACAAGCAGAAUACUUCUAAUCAUCAAUGAAGACGAUGAAUGAACUGAAGGCCUAAAUUUUUAAUAGCUUCUGACAAAUGUGAACUUUUUUUUUAACACUUUUCCCCCUUCCGGGGAGUUGAAAGAGAUAAAUUCAAAUAAGGGAAAUCAUUGGUAAUUACCGGUUCAAUCUGCUUUUUUUAUUUUAUUUUUGGCCCCACGUUCUACUAAAGCCAUCCAAUUAGUUAGUACGUAGACAAGCCAAUCAAGUAGUUUAUUGUUUGUCAAGGGUUUCUAGAUUUUAUGCUCGUCAACAAGUUUUCAAUUUAAUUCCAAAUUGUAUUCAAUCUA